AUGCCGCUCGCAGCGAGUGCACCGAGGUCGCGCCUGACGGCGACAAAGUCACGCCAACCGGUCGCUUCCUCCUCCUCCUCCUCUUCCACAUCGGCACACCCGAACUCCACAUCGAUUCGAUCCAAAUCUGCAGCAGCAGCCGGAGCAGCAACAGCUGGAGCUCAGUCUCACUCAGUUUCUGCACCACCGCCUCUAUUGCUUCCCUUGCCGCCUUCGCUUCCCACGCUCUCUCAGCUCGAACUCAGCCAAGACAUUAAGCCCUCACCGCAUCUCAUCGCUCGACGUCUCAUCUCGCUCGCUCGCUCCUUUCUCGCUUUGCGCGCGGAAGAUGUCUGUAACGACCCUUCAGACUGGGAGCUCGAUCUGUGCUCUGCCACCUUCUUUUCCAUCUACGCCGUAUGCUUGGACCCCGCCUCCACCAUCGCUCGAACCACAUUGGCUCGAUGCGCUCGUCUCGGCGGCUUCAACAUUGUUCUCCCUUUCAGUCCUUCAGCAAGCGCAGCAACAGCCACCGUCUCUGCUGCCAAGCUCAGCUCUCAGGACCCUCACGAUGUUGCAGGUGCACACGCUUGCAUUCACAUUCUUCAGCAAGGCUCAGCAGCUACCUUUCAUGAUGCAGCCAGCGCAAAAGAGUACCGCGACGCCUGCCGCACCCUUGGCAGGCCAUCCGACGCCGCCCAGGUCUCCGAAAUGCUGAGAGACAAGGUUCUUGGCAAGAGAAAGGCGGUAGACCCCGCGGUCCAGGACACCUCGCUGCCUCAACCGGUAUUGGCACAAGCUCGUUACCAUUCUCAGCUGCACACCGACGAGGCGUACAAUGUAGCCAGCCGCGGACGCAUCCAAGAAGCACAAUCCAGUUUUAUGAAAGCUCUUGACCUGGAUCCUUUCAAUUGGCGAGCAUGGGCAGGCCUCUGCGACACCGGCUAUGGUGGCGCCUCUGCUACCAAGCAUCUUGGCCCUUCUACGCUCGACCGUCUCUACUCGAACCUCGUCGCCAAGGUACAGGCGCCAUACAUUGCUAUGGAAUCUUCGCUCAAAUCUAGCCCGCCCUUCUCUAACGUGCAAAUUCCACCCUCCGCCACGAUGAUCCGUAAAGUGUCGGAAGAUGGCUCCAACAAGAAGCUCAAAGUCUCGUCAGAGAUCCCUCCAGUGCCCUCCUUACCACCAAGCGCUACCCGCAACGGCACGGCAUCCAGGCCCAUCGACAAGGUCACGCCUCCGCUGCCCACCACAUCAGCAAGCACCGUCACCGCUACGCGUCUCCACCCAACAUCUCGUGCUCUUUCCGCUGCUCAGACCAACACCCACCAUCUCGAGCCUGUCCCUGCCGAUCAAGACGAUGUCAAGGCAGCAAAAGUAGCCAGCAUCGCUACCCGACCCACCCGCACUGCUGGCGUCCGCACGGCUACCGUUGCUCCUUCCACAACAGCAGCCAAUGCGCGACAAUUGCGCUCCACUCGCGGCAAUCCAAGCGGGCCAGGGCCAGCGGCGCCGACUGGUUUGCCGCGCACUGCCGCGGCACCCAACAGAGCCGGCGCCAUAAGUCAAGCGGGUAGCGUCUCGUCGACUUCCUCGGGCUCUUCCACCUCGUCCAUGUCGUCCCGCGCAACCGUAUCCACCGCUCGCACCGCCGUGUCCAACCGCCGAGUAGCUUCAGCAGCACCCACUCGGCCAGCAUCGCGCACCGCAGCCACCAAACCGACUCCUGCGUCCUCUGCUCGCCCCACCACCGCCGCAAACGGCACGGGCACAGCGAUUCAGCCCAAGAGGACCACUACCACCACCGCUAAUCGUCUCAUCAACAGCGCCGGCAACGUCAGUCGUCCGGGCAGCGCCAUGUCCAAAGCUAGCUCCACCUCAGCUGGUGCUGCUGCUCCAUCAGCGCGUGCCAACAGCACACUCGCGUCAAGCCGCACUGCCGCCGAAGCUAUGCGUCAAAAGGAGGAAGAGAAUGCCAAAGCCAAGCUGGACCAGCUCACCUCGCUUCGAGAAUCCAUCGUGCAGCAACUCACAGCAAUAGCUCAUCAGCGAGCGGCAGACAGAUACGUGCUUGCGGUUCUGGCGCAAGUCGGCGAGGCGUAUCGGCUGUUACGGCUAUGCGAAGGAGGCCAAGCUGCGGCGGUGCUGUUAGACUCUGUGAUUGAUGAUACCGAUACUCUCAAGGGCCGUCAAAUGGAGUCGAACACAGCUCAAGCAGAGCUGGAAGGUGCGACUGGCGAGGGCUCGUCGACGGUCCUGGUGGUCUCAUCGCUGGAGGUCACCAGAUUCCUCGACCGACAGGUAAAAGACAGUUUGCUGCAUCAGAUGCUGCUCGGUCGAAGCUACGCCGAGUGCUCGCAGUACGCCCCUUCGGAGAAUCACUUUGCUGCGAUCCGCAAACUCAACCCGUUCGUAGCCGCGCACAUGGAUGUCUACUCUCUGGUCCUCUUCCAUCUCUCUCGCGAAGUCAAGCUCUCGGCACUAGCGCAGCACCUCGCCAUGGUGGCGCCGGGCACCGCCUCGACGCACAUUGUCGUCGGCAAUGCCUUUUCGCUGCAAAAGGAGCAUCAGACUGCACUUGUAUGUUUCCAGCGCGCCGCAGCUGCAGCGCCCGACUACGCCUACGCCUACACGCUGGCGGGCCACGAAGCGCACGAUCUGGGACUGCAUGACGAAGCGAUUGCCUACUUCCGCAGCGCGAUCCGGUGCGAUCGGCGGCACUGGAACGCAUGGGCCGGACUGGGGCGCGUGUAUCUGGGCAUAGGCGAACACGAGCAUGCGGCAUGCAAGAGCCUGCAGCAGGCGAUUGCGCUUAAUCCGGGCAAUCAUGUCCUGUGGGAUCUGGUCGGCUGGACCUUUUCGCUGCUCAAUGCGCCGGCCAAGGCGUUGGAGUGCUAUGAUCGUGCGAUCGAGUUGGCGGAGAGUGCGUCGGUGUUGACCUACCUACGACGCGCCGAAUUACUGCUGCAGGAUGGAGAUGCGGAGUCGAGCCAUCGCGACCUGGUUCGCGCGCAUGACUUGGCGCCGGAGGAGGCGAGUAUACACAUCUUACUCGCGCAGUCGUAUAUGCGGUUAGGCGGCGGUGCGUUCUGCCACCUCGAGGGCGCAACCGGGGGUCCUGCUGGUGGAAAAGCGAACGCAGCACUGCGAGCGAGCGGGGUGAUGGUCUUGCCGUCGGCACACCACGCCGAGAUUACACACCAUCUCAGCGUGGCGAUCGACCUCGACCCGUCGCUGUUGCGCUUGGUCAAGAGCAUCUGCGAAGGUUACAAGACGCUGCCGGGAAGCAAGCUGAGCAUCCAUCCGAACGAUUUGUCCGCCGAUCGAUCGUACACACAGUCGCAGCUGAUGGACUCUGUAGCGAGUGGAUACCCGUCGAUGAUCGACGACAGUCAUAUGCGCAUGGCUGCGACUGUAAACGGAUACACUCGCGCGCAGUAUCAGCAGCAGCAGGACGUGAGCGGGUUGGCCAACUCGACCCCUCACCUGCAUCAGGGUCUCAUGCUGCCGCCUGCCGACUUUGCCGCCAGCCAUCCGGCGCACGACCCGAGCAGUUUCCUCAGCAUCAACACUACCGGUGCCAACUUGAGCGCUGAUAUCGUGCUCGAGGAUGCGGAUGUGUCGGGCUAG